AUGAGUUUAGAUACGUUGUUAGAGGCUGCUGAAUAUAUCGAGUGGAGCGCCCAUUCUAAAACACGUGAGACUGGAUCUCCUGAAGGGGAAAUAAUGACAUUUAUAAAAUCUGAAAUGGAUGAAGAACAUGAGGAUGAUGGCAACUCUUCUUUGGAUGGCAGUUUAGAAGGUCACCAUCAGUUUGAUGACAACAAUAAAGAGAAGCGUCGAGCUGGAGGGGCUGGGACUAGAGAAACACACAAUAAAUUGGAGAAAAAUAGGAGAGCUCAUCUGAAAGAAUGUUUUGACUUGCUGAAAGUUCAAGUUCCAUACAUGGAAGAAAAGAAGACAUCCAAUUUGAGCAUUUUAAGGGGAGCAUUGAAAUUUAUUCAGAAUUUAAAGAGAAAAGAAAGAGAUUUAGAAAAAGAUCUUCAGAGCUUGUCAAAUGAAAAGUGUAGAUUACGAGAGAAAAUUGCCAAAUUGAAAGUUGAUUUGGCAAAGAUGAAUAUGGAUGUUGAUUUGACAAAAUGGAUGCCAGUAAAUGAACAAGAAACCAACUCAACAUCGACUGCUUCAGGCUCUGGUAGUCCUAUAAUGAGUGAUAAUGAAGAUGACAAGUUAAAGAGACCAGGGCGUAAAGUUAAAUCAGUGAAAGUGAAACAAGGAAAGUCUUCAUAUCAAGUUCCAAUGAUAAAAAGUAUUCCAGUGAAGAUUAUAAAAAAUCCUAGACCAUUAGCUCCUGCUACAUCCUACACAACUACUGUAUCAGCUACAACACCCACCAUGGCAACUCACAUCCGUCCCCCAGUCACACAACUUUUACAGCAGACAUUGAGUAAACGUCAAGCUUUACAGAAACAACGAGAAAAACAGACUGUAACACAGUCCAUGCCAGCAUGUACGAUGAACACAUCCUCUAUAGUUCCACCAGUGAUGAACCAGUUACUUCGUCAACAGUUGUCUUUUCCUGUUUCAUCAACACAAGUUCAGAUCUUAUCUACAGGGUUGAAUGGAUCUCCAUCUCUUAAUUCCAAAGGUACCAAAUCAAAUAUGCUCCAAUCAACUACAACCUCUACAACUGUAGGUGUACCUAAUGCUUUGACUAGAACAUCAGCAGCUAUGGUCAGCUCUACAAGAAUAGUGCCCAUGCCAUCUACACAGUCUAUGUCAACUUUGUCAGCUCUAAGUCAACUUACUGCUGUAGCUGGUUUAGGACAUACUAAGACAGUUCAGAGUUCAGUUGCUUCUCCAACGUUUUCCACUAUUUUAUCAAAUAACAACAUGAACAGACCAACCAAUCAGCUGAUAACUACCAUGGUCACACCCUCUGUCACCAGCUUAGCUAAUAUGUCAGCAAUCAAACCAAUAUUGGCUCCACCCCCUCCGACACAAUUGGUUGCAGGCCACUUACUUAAUCCAAUGAUUGCCCAGUUCCCAAGGGCUACACUGACAUCUCAAGCUGGACAAACAGGAGGUCAACAAACAUUGGUGUCGUUAGCUCACAUGGGUACUGUUACACCAAUGGCAGUCGUCCCCCAAUUACCACAGGCAUUGCAUAUGACUGGCUUAACUCCUGCCCAGUUUAAUAGUAUCAUGAAUUCCCCACAAAUAUUAAAACAAUUGCCCAUUCUUCAUCAGCCGCUUCUACAUCAAAUUCAGCAAAGCCCAGUGAUUGGACAACCAAUGGUUAAACCAGUUGUCAUGGUCUCCUUACCAAAUGUGAGUUCAAGUAAUUCAUCAAUGAAUAUCACAACCACCUCCUAG